AUGGCGAGCUGGGACCCCUCCAAGAACAAGACCUAUCAAAUCCUCAAGGCCGCCGAGGAGGGUCAGUAUGGUGUCGUCGCACCCAUCGCCUACAACAUUGAGAACAUUCUCUCCUUCAUCCGCGCCGCCGAGGCGAAGCGCAGCCCGCUCAUCAUCCAAGUGUUUCCCUGGGCCAUUACUUUCUCCAAUGGCCUCCUCGUGCAUGCCGCCGCACAUGCCGCGAAAGCGGCUUCGGUACCGGUGGCCAUCCACCUCGACCACGCGCAAGACGAGAAGAUGAUCCGUCAUGCCGCUGAUAACCUGCCGUUUGACUCCAUCAUGGUUGACAUGAGCCACUACGAGAUGGAAGAGAACUUGGCCAAGACAAAGGAGCUCGUGGCAUACUGCCAUGCGAGGGGCAUCGCGACAGAGGCGGAACCGGGGCGGAUCGAGGGCGGCGAGGAUGGUAUCGCAGACACGGCAGACCUGGAGGGCGCUCUGACGACAGAGGAGCAGGUUGAGGACUUUGUCGCGACAGGAAUUGAUUUCCUGGCACCCGCUUUCGGAAACGUACACGGCGAGUACGGUGCUAGAGGCCCCGUUUUGGAGUUUGAUAGGUUAGAAAAGAUCCGGGCCAAGGCUGCUGGUAGGGUGCGAAUUGUUCUCCACGGAACCAACGAUUUCCCCGAGGAUUUGAUGCAGACUUGCAUCCGCGGGGGUGUGUCAAAGGUCAACGUCAACAAGUUGGUGCUAGACGAUUACCUGGUCCAUCUGAAAAAGAACGCCCCGACUCUUAGUUUGACGACAUUGAUGGAGCAGGGUGUCAAGGAAGCUCAGAAGUUAAUGGAGUGGCAGAUGGAUGUAUGCAAAUCGACUGGCAAGGCAUAA